UCCUUUUGGAAACUCCGAUCCACGGAUCGUGUAAGCCAAAGGCUGCUUUUGAUCGGGAUCGCGCAACGACGCGGAAUUGAGGCUCGAACGCUGACUAUUCGCUCGCCGCUGGAACCGGAGCAGCGUUUCUUCCCGAGCGACACCGCAAAAAAAGAGAGGCGGCGACCGUGGAAAGACCCAAGGAUGCUCUUUUAGGCAACCCACCCCUCGAAACGUUCCUCGGUUUGUUUCUCGCCUGCCGCCCCCCGGGAGCCAAACCCACGACCACAGGGAGACGGAGGGGAGCUGGACGGACUUCCGACGCCCCGAGAUGCCUGAGAAGCCCACUGUUGCUUUGGUCCCAGCUCCAACAUCUGCUUCCUCCAUGGGGAACGAGUUCCAUGUUUCAUCAACCAAGCACAGCAGCAUUUUGCACUGAUUGCUCCUUCCUCUCCACAUGGCCUUUCUACUGCUGUCAGCAUAUCUUCUGCUGACUCCUGCUCAGGCUGCUCCAGUUGAGAAUGGGACUCUGGUGGUGGAGACGCUGACAUCGCAAGCCCUCCUCGGCAAUAAGAGUGAACACUAUUUGGCGCAAGUGAGACCUCCUGGCACAAGCAGACAAAUACCUCAGACGAUUAUCAUUGGUGUGCGUAAAGGAGGGACCAGGGCCUUACUUGAAAUGUUGGAUGUUCACCCAAACAUUGUGGUAGCAGCUACGGAAGUCCAUUUUUUCGACUGGGAAGAAAACUACGUGAAGGGCAUCGACUGGUAUAGAAGCCUGAUGCCGCUUUCGUAUGAAAAUCAAAUAACUAUUGAGAAAACGCCAGGCUAUUUUACCUCGCCGCAGGCGCCCGAGAGGAUUCACGAUAUGAAUAGCUCUAUUAAACUGCUGCUUAUUCUGAGGGACCCCACGGAGAGAGUUAUCUCUGAUUACACCCAAGUCUAUUACAAUAGGCUGGAAAACCACAAGCCCGUCCAGCCCUUUGAAGACGUCGUUAUAAAAAACGGUGUCCUUAACACCAAAUACAAGGCUAUCCAGAGGAGUCUGUACGACGUCCAUAUGGGGAGGUGGCUGAAAUAUUUCCACUUGGAUCAGAUCCACAUAGUUGACGGGAACACCUUGAUCAGGGACCCUCUUCCUGAACUGCAGAAAGUGGAAAGGUUCCUCAACCUGCCUUCCAAAAUCUUGUCUUCAAAUUUUUAUUUUAACCAGACCAAGGGCUUCUAUUGCAUCAGGAGCGACGGACGAGAGAGGUGUUUGCACGAGUCCAAAGGGCGGCCCCAUCCUGUGGUCAACAGUACGGUCUUAGAGCAGCUUUACUCCUAUUUCAGAGAGCACAAUGAGAGAUUUUAUAGAAUGAUUAAUCAUUCUUUCGACUGGCAUUAAUGACUCCGAUUUUGAAGCAAAGGGUUUCCUUGUAAAACAGUCCUCAGAUGAAUUAUUUUCAAGUUCUUCCUCUUAAAUUUCCGGGGUUACAUUCAUUUUGAUAAGAAGAUGGUUAUUUCCCUCCCUGAGAGAGAGGCUAGGCAUGCAUUAUUAGUGUGCUCAAGGAAGAGGCUUAACUUUGGCUUUUAAUUACCGGAAUAAACUUUGCACCAGCUUAAGUUCCCCGACCUCAGUGGAGUUAUGUCAGAACUACACUUAACAUUGUCUGUUUUUAUUCAGAUUUAUGAACAAAAGAAGCUUUGCAGAAAACCACUUUAACUGAUGCUUUAAAAACCUGUAGCGGAAGUGUUAUUAUUCCACUUACAGGUUUUGUUGGCUGCUGUUAUUUUUCUACCCAGCUCCAUGACGGUGGGACUGAUUUUUAAAUCUUUUCAUACUGUAAGAUAAUUAUAUAUUAGAAGAAAAGAUGACUUAGUGGUUCUAUUAUAUAAUUUUAUUUAUUCGGUGAAAUUAUAACUGUAGAAUAUAUGCCAUCUAAAUAUCAAAAGUGAGUUUAAACAGUUUUGGUUUAUGUUAUGAGUCCCUCUAUGUAGAAUAUUUGUAAUGGGUAACACAGUUAUUAUUCACAUAGGUUUUUUAAAAAAAUAACGAUUAUUAAGCUUUUAAUAUUCCCAAUUGAAGCAAGAAGGCUCUAAAGCAACACAUUAUACACAGUAGACAUCAGGAAUUUUGAAGCUGUAUUCUUAGACAUGAUAUCAAUUAUGUAAUCAUCUAAUCAUAUAAAAUUAUGAUUAGAAGAUUAAUCAUAUAAAUUGUAUGAGCCACCCUUCAUAAAUGCAUAAUUAUUAAGUCUUGUUUGUAUUUUGUAAUCACUUGUUCCAAUAGUUUAUUAAUUAAUAGUGUUGAUUUGGCACAUUUAUGAGAAAAAAAACUGCCUGCUCUCCAAAGUGUGGAAUAAUAAUUUUUGUAAUAUCUAUUUGAAGACCAGAUGUAUUCAAGUGCAUAGUAACUUCAUGUGGUACUGUAUACCUUACACACAAUAUUCAAAAUAAUCAAGUAUGGGUUUCUGAUUUAUCUAUAAAACUAUAAAAUCUACAUGGGUGCAUUAGGA